AUGAUCAUAUAUCAAAAUAGCGAAAGAAGAACAGUUUCUUCUUUCGCUAUUUUGAUAUAUGAUCGCCUGCUACUGGUUUUGACCUCAGAAAAAAUUCCGCUUAGGUUGACAGAAUCACAGAGCGACCCGUCAAGUGACCCUCUCAUUUUAUGGUUGAAUGGAGGACCAGGCCUCAUCGAAGAACUUGGACCGUUCAAAGUGAGUGACUAUGGAGCUAAUGUGUACGCUAAUGAGUACUCAUGGAAUCUGUUUGCUAAUAUGCUGUUCAUCGAGUCACCAUCUGGAGUGGGGUUUUCAUACAAUACGAAGGGUAACGUAACCACGAAUGAUGACGAUGUUGCACAACACAACUAUCAAGCCUUUGUGAACUUUCUGGAAAAAUUCCCUGAAUAUCAUGGAAGAGCAAUAUUCAUUACUGGAGAAUCUUAUGCUGGUGUUUACCUUCCAACACUUGCGGACAAAAUGAUCAGCGAUUCUACGAAUUUCCCUAAUUUCAAGGGUAUGGCUAUUGGGAAUGGAGCAUUAGAUUUCUUGCACAAUUACGACACUAUGGUUCCUUUGUACUACUAUCAUGGACUCAUUAGAGACGAGUAUGCAUUCCUUCUAUCUAUAUCUUGA